GGUAUCAAGAAAGCCAACUUAAACGACGGUGUUCUGCGCGGCCCAGGUGCGCACACACUGGUACACUUUGAGUUCAAUACCGACUCUCAGACAGUCACGCUGAAGGCCUUUAAAAAAGGCGGGAAGCUGCUCUGGUCCACCAAUGGGGGUCUUUCGCCGUGUGUGGAUAAGGUGGGAGCGCCGCUCAACAAGGCUGGAGGGUAUGUAGGUAUCUGUAGGAAUGUGUGCUCAACAAGGCUGGCGGGUAUGUAG